CAAGUUGCGACUCGCAGCACUGACCUUCAGUUUGCAUUUUGCACUCCAGCUGCAUCAACCCUCAAAAUCUUCAACUUCUUCAAGCAAUGCGCUUCUAUUACAUCGUCUUCGCUGUUACCGCCACGCUCCUCGCCAGCACCAACGCUGUCUCUACUGAUGCACAGCACAACCAGAUCUCGCAGUCGACCUCGGAAAUCGUUGCUGCCACCCAGAUUGACGUCAGCGUGAAGCGCUCCCUGCGCUCGAGCAAGUAUAUCAAAGAGGAGGAAGACACGGUCGACUCCCUCGAUGACACUGAAGAGCGACGAGGUGGAGUGCUCUCCAAGAACCUGAUGAAGAUAGUCAAGGAACGCAAUACUCCCAUUGCUGUGAACAUUGCGAAGCUGAAUCCCAAGCAACAAGAGAAAAUCGUGGACAUUUUGUAUAGCCAAUCUCGGACGCUUGAAUAUUUUGCCAAGAAGUUGGGACUGAGGAGUGCCGCAGACACGACACACCGAAACUCUCCGUUCUUUCAGGCGUGGAGUUCCUACUUCCUGAACGGAAAGAAGCCGAAGAAAAUUCCCGAGAUCUGGAUUUAA